GUCAUUUUCAAAGUAGCUCUCCCUCUUUAAACUUUAAACUCUUCUCUUACGAUCUGGGACCGACACAUUUGCCAUAACACCAGCCCUUGCAGUUUCCAAAAAAAAAAACCAGAAUAUACUUUGCUGUGCUCCUCAAAUUCCCAUUUCUCCUAUCCCAUCUUAUAUUAUUUUCAACCAACGAAAAUCAAGCCAAAUUCUUCUCUCCUCUCAACUUUUUUGGUAGCAUGGAGCUUUUACUUGAAUUUGUGGUUACUGUUUCUCUUUCUUUUAUUCUUUCCUUCAUUCUUGGUAAGCUUCUUACCUUGUCUUCUAUCGUUGAUCAACAUCUCGAGGCUAUGUCAAGAUCAUGUAUGGAAGUCACAACUAAAUCUGAAAAAUAUCUUGUUGAAUGUGAAAAGGAACUUGGGUUUGUUUCAGAAGUUGCAAAAGUUGAUGCUUUAGGUGAACCUGUGGAAGAGAAGGAUACCCUUGGGGAGGCUUUAAAUGGUAGUUAUGGAUCAACGAUAACAACAGAGGAAACUAUUGAAGAAAUUAGUUCUGGUGAAGAGAGUUUUGUUAAUGAAACCACUGAGAUAGAAUUAGCUAAAGAGGAUGAAGAAGAGAUUGAGGUUUUGGAAUGUGAAAAAGAGAAUGAAGGAGAUUGUUUAAAGGAUGGAUUAUUCGAUGAGGAUGAUUGGGAGGGAAUUGAAAUAACUGAAUUGGAGAAAAAUUUUGGUGCUGCAGUGUGUUUUCUGGAGUGUAGAAGUAAUGCUGAUCAAACUUUGAAACUUGGCAAUGAUUUAAAGAUGCAAUUAUAUGGACUUCACAAGAUUGCCACUGAAGGCCCUUGCCAUGAGCCUCAGCCUAUGGCAUUGAAGUUGUCUGCUCAUGCAAAAUGGAAUGCCUGGAAAAGCCUUGGGAACAUGAGUCCAGAAGCAGCUAUGGAGCAGUAUAUCUCCCUUGUUUCAAGAAGCAUCCCUGGGUGGACGCAAGAUGAUAUUUGUGGGGAUAGUAAACAGUAUUCUGCGGAUGUCAAAGCAUCUUGGAAGUUGCCUUUGGAUGUUAAAACAAUGACAGAAAUUCAACCAAUAUCUGUGGAUUACAGGCACACAUUUGAAGUUGACAGGACAGCACUCCUUUGAAUAAGGACAAGCAAAAGGAGCAUAAUUUCCUGUGCCAGUUUGCUCUUCGUCAACCAGCUCUUUCUCAUUUCAAAAUUCUGACAGCUUCAAACAACCAUGGAUAAGAAGUUUGCUUCAAGAUUAUUAGGAGCUUCUGCUUAGUUAUAUCCUGAGUAUAUAUUACAAUGUUAAUGAAGAGCUAACAAUUUAUUAGUCUGUCAAAUAACACACCUCAGCCAUUUAAUUUAUAGUAUCACCUAGGGCAGAUAUUUGUCCUUCAUUAGUUUCCUCUGAACAGAAAGAGAAGAACAAUGCAGCAUUGCAUUUGUACAGCUUUCAGCUUUGUGAGUUUUGUUUGAGUUGGGAUUGUAAAGCUUUUCCAUGCUUCUUGAUGUUACCAUGUAUCUGAUUCUAUUUUAUCCUUAAAAAGAAUGUAUGUGAUGGCAUUGAUAUUUCUUAAAACAUU